AUAAAAAUCAAAUGUUCAAGUCAAGCAUGCCUGUUUUGACCACAAUUUUCUAAUUCAGCAAUCCCCAAAGGUUCAUAUCAAGCGGGUGUAUAAUUUAAUUGCUCAUCUUAGCUCAGAAAUUAAGUAAAUUAUUAGUCGUCAAACUUUAAUCUCAGAGCCAGUCUGGGAAUCGAGCUCGAUUUUUGUUGGUUCAAAAUAUAGGUAAAAAUGGCGGCUAGACGUAAUGUUGGAUAUGAUGCGCUUCCUGCUGAUGACGAUAAUGAUUUUGGUAGACGUGAUCGUAGGUUUGAGUAUAAACCUGGAGCAUAUGAUCGAAUCCCUUGGAAAUCCAUAGCUCUUGCACUUUUUUUGCUAUCUCUUGGAUCAUUGCUUCUCUUCCUUUCGUUCUUCAUCUUGACUGGUCAUAUGGGUGGAGAGAAGUCUCAAGGUUAUGGUCUCUUGUUCCUUGGAUUUCUUGCUUUCAUGCCAGGUUUCUAUGAGACUCGGAUAGCAUAUUACUCGUGGAGAGGUACUAAGGGAUAUCGUUUUGCUUCCAUUCCAAAUUACUAAGAUGUGUAACAUGAUAAUGUUUGCAAUAGCUGCCACUUCUGGGUUUUGUUCUUGACACUGACCUUGCAAUUUGCUGUACAGAAUUACAUGCUUGUGUCAUUUUUAGGCUCUGUUUGUUUCAGCUGUUUGAUGCAGCUGGUAGCUUGUGGCUGAUAGCUGGUGGCUGGUAGCUGCUGGCUGAUAGCUGGUGGCUGAUAUAUUAUAGUGUUUGGUAAAUUUUAUUGA